AUGGAUAUCAACACCACCUCCUAUGCAGUGCCACCUGGAUUGCAAUAUUUACUUCAGAUAGAUCAUAUUCUGAUUCAUCAGCAGUUUGAGUUUGUGGAAGCCAUUUUAGGUUUUGAAACUGCUAACCAAUACAAAAUCGAGGACAAACUGGGGCAGAAGGUUUACUAUGCCGUAGAAGACUCUAAUUUUUUAACACGCAAUUGCUGUGGAGAUAAUAGACCUUUCUCCAUGAGGGUCCUUGAUAACUCAGGUCAUGAAGUCAUAACUUUACAACGACCACUAAGAUGUGAUUCUUGUUUCUGCCCAUGCUGCCUCCAGAAGAUAGAAGUCCAAGCUCCUCCUGGUGUGCCAAUCGGCUAUGUUACCCAAACCUGGCACCCAUGUCGGCCAAAGUUUACAGUUCAGAAUGAGGCGAAACAGGCUGUUCUAAAGAUUAUCGGUCCAAUCAUCAUGUGCAGCUUUGGAGGAAACAUAGAUUUUGAGAUAAAGUCUCUUGAUGAAGCAUUUGUGGUUGGCAGGAUUUCCAAGCACUGGUCUGGUUUUCUGAAGGAGAUACUGACAGAUGUAGACAGUUUUGGGAUCCAGUUCCCUUUAGACCUCGAUGUAAAGAUAAAGGCUGUGAUGCUUGGUGCUUGUUUCCUCAUAGACUUCAUGUUCUUUGAAAGCAGUAGAGGCCAGAGACCAAAACUAUGA